AUGCCGACCAACAACCCCUUCGCUCCCCUCUCGUCAACAGGCUCACCUUCUAGACAAGCCCCCGAAGCUCCCAGCUCAGCAUCAUCCAUACGAGAACCGGCCUCUUCCUCGAAAGGAAACUCGAAGCCCAGGAAGUCCCAUCGUGGGGGGAAGAAGAAGCGCUCCAGGAGAAAGUCUUUUGCCCCACUCCCCGGGGAUUCACCACUGGAUGAUGAGCACGCGGGCGCCCUCGAUGCGGCGCGCGAUAGCUUGUAUGCUCUCAGAAGAAGCCUUAGCGAUUCAAGCAUUGAGGAGGCACAUUUGUUAAAUCAUAGCCGUCGGAGGUUGAGCGUGUCAGCCGAAACCGGCAACGAGAGAGAAGCAGAGCGCUGGGACGAGCGGACACCUCUCAUGUCAACCACCGACCGUCUUAGGCGGCAUGAAUCCGCCGUCGGCGCUCCUGCCUUCGACCGCGAACAGCAUAGACGACGCGAUUCCAAUGCGUCCUCGAAGUCGAGGACGAAACCCUCUGGCUUUAAUGUCAACUAUCCCCCCUCCGUCCCGGGUACACCCACACUCGGACCCGCCCCCGGCCUCGACAUGAGUUUUGGCGAUGCUAUGAUACGGGACGAGCUAGCUCGAGAGGCAGAGUCUCCUACUGGAUCGCUAAGUUUAGAAGAAGAACUGCCAGAGGACGAAGAGGGUGGCCAGCCGAUGUCGUUGUCUAGCAAGUCUCGGAGGAACACGGGUCUAAUGCCCCCCGAGGAUGACGUCUGCUUCCCGGCUGUUGUUGACUUGUCCGAGGUGGCUGAGGAAGAAGGCGAAGAGUACCAGUACUCCCCUCGAAGCGGCUCCCCGCCGCGAUUCCAGCCCCGUCGCCGCCGCCGCCGGAGUCCGUGGCCCGAUCUGUCAGUCCUUGAGUCAUGGAGCCAGUACGAGAAGGAGCAAGAAACGUCCCGCGUUAAGAAGAUCACUGAGCCGCAGCUUAUUAAUGGCAGGUUGCGCGCCGUGCAAAAGGGAUGGUAUCUUUCCGAGGAUGAGGCACCUUAUCGGUUCACCUACUUUAAUGAGGAGGUCCAGAGCACAAUACAUAGCCAGACUAUUUCUGGCUUGAUCCAGGCUGGCGGCAGCUUCCGCGAACUAUUUAUUCCGGAUCCUCGCGUGCUCUCGGACGACGAGUUAGACGAGGAAGACGGCGACUCGAUCGAAAUGGUGAACCCAUUCGCGUCAAGAGUUCGCCGCUCCAGCCACCCCGGAGACGGCGGUUCAGUGCCUCCAGUUUCCCGGAAGCUCUCUGCAUUGACGACUCAGGGGAAUAGCGAUGUCUUCGCGACCUCACUUGACCGCACCUCCUCUGUUGGGAAGAACUCGGCUGCCAGCGCACCUCCCCGGACGUCCCAAGGGUCGCCGCAAAGGCCGAGGCCUGGAACGCCAACUUCUAACUCGAAACGGGAGGCCAAAGAGGUAGGACCGGAACCGGAAACGAAGGCCAUCAGGUACGGCGAACGACCUAUCUGGUGGCUUGACGUGCUUAGCCCAACCGAGUCUGAGAUGAAGGUGAUAUCCCAAGCUUUCGGUAUCCACCCCCUCACAGCAGAGGAUAUCAUGAUGCAAGAAGCGCGGGAGAAGGUUGAGUUAUUCCGCAAUUACUACUUCGUCAACUACCGAACUUUCGAUCAGGACAUCCAUAGUAGCACGUACAUGGAGCCCGUCAACAUGUACACCGUCGUCUUCCGGGAGGGUAUCCUCAGCUUCCAUUUCUCGCCUACGCCCCACGCCGCCAACGUCCGUCGCAGGAUCCGGCAGCUCAAGGACUACUUGAUCGUUUCCUCGGAUUGGAUCUCGUACGCCAUCAUCGACGACAUUACCGACGUGUUUGGUCCCAUCAUCCAGAAUAUCGAAGAGGAAGUUGACGAUAUCGACGAAAGUAUCAUGAAUUCGUGGGGGAGCGCGACGAAGAAGGCGGAGAAGGAGGAGGAGAAGGCUGCCGGAAGUGAUGACGGCACUACUACGGUCGAGUUGAGUACGGUAGACGUUCUCCGUCGGGCGGGUGAUUGCAGGAAGCGGGUGAUGAGUCUGUAUCGUCUGCUGGGCAACAAGGCAGACGUCAUCAAAGGUUUCGCGAAGCGGUGCAAUGAGCAGUGGGAGGUAACUCCUCACUCGGAUAUCGGUCUCUACCUUGGCGAUAUUCAGGAUCAUAUCUUGACUAUGACCUCUAAUCUUAGUCACUACGAAAUGAUCCUCGCCCGAGCCCAUGGCAACUACCUCGCUCAAAUCAACUGCAAGAUGACGGAGCGUUCCGAACAAACGGCCGAUAGCCUCAACAAGCUCACCGUCCUCGGUACCAUUGUCCUCCCCAUGAACAUCAUCACCGGCCUCUGGGGCAUGAAUGUCUGGGUUCCAGGUCAAGAGUACGAAGGCGACCUUACCUGGAGGGUGUAUGGACUCAUUUGA